AUGGAAAGGAGAAAGUACCAAAAAGAUGCAUAUUGUGAUGAACACAAUAUAACUAAUCAGGAUCGGCAAAAAAUUAAAUACUGUACUAUUCUGCGUGAAGAUGUAACAAGGGGGAUGAAAAUUAAUUUUACAACUAAUCUUGAUUCAAAGUUUAAUGAGAAGGGAGAAAGGGGAGAAAUAAAUACAUCGAAUGAAAAGAAUGGAACACAUUUUAUUUUUAAUGGAGAAUCCAUGAUUUCACACAACAGUAGCGAUGGUGAUCUAAAGAAUUAUUUUGGUAAAAGUAUGAACAUAAUUAAGAUGAAUAUACCUGAAAAAGAACACAAGAUUUGUACAUCCAAUUCAGACGAUUUACACAAUAGAAAAAAACUAAAUUCCAACUUUGAAAUUAACAAAAAGAACUGCACACACAUGAUUUGUUCUGGCGGUCAUACGGAUUCAGCUAGCGAUUAUCAACAGAAUUCUAAUGAUAGUAGAUGCAUAGAUUCACUCUUUGGGGAAAAUGUCCAAGCGGAAAAAAACUUCCUCACAGGGGGAGGAGAAAAUGACCAAAAUAAAAUAAAUAGUCACAGCGUUCAAAAAAAGGAGGGAGAGGAGACAGGAAAUUGCCUUAACGAUGUGGAUAUAUCGGAGAAGCGUGAACAAAAUAUGAGUAAAAUUUUUGUUAAUUUGGGUUUACACUGUGAUAAGGAAGUAGAGGGAACUGGUCAGGAUGAUAAUAUCCACGGGGUGAGUACUGAUGAUGGAGCCAAAGGAGGAAGAAAUGAGGAACAUGAAGAGAAGAACUACGAGAAAAUUCAGCACGCAAAGAAUGGUGUAAAAAAUGAUGCAAAGAAUGAUGCACAGAAUGAUGUACAGAAUGAUGUACAGAAUGAUGCAAAGAAUUAUGCAAAAAAUGAUGCAGAUGUGGAAAAAGCUCGCAAUGGAGGAUGUCCCGGUUUGGAUAAGGGGAAUGGACAGGGGAUCAUCACCAGUGGAAAAUAUAUUCCAUCUGGAAAAUCAGAAAAAGAAUACAUGAUAUCAAAAGUAGAUCAGAUAUGUAGAUCUGUCAAAGGAUACGGAAAUUAUGAGGAGAGUAAGUAUAACAACAAAAACAUAAUUCAAAGUGCGAAGAAUGUAUAUGACAUGGUUAAUUGUGAAGUAAACCAUACAAUAUAUAGCAAUGCUAAUAAGGGAAAAGAGAAAAAAACAAGUCCUCUUAUGCUGCAUGAUUUACAUUUUUUAAGGAAGAAUGAAAUUAUAACAGGUGUAGAUAGUUAUGAAGAUAACGAAGGGAACAUUAAAGAAUGUGGACAUGAUUAUGUAAGGAGCGUCAAUUAUGAUAUGGGUAAUCCAAUUAAUGAAAGCUUCUUGAUUGAAAGAAACAAGGAAUUGAAUUUAUUUUCGAAAGAUUCUUCUGUAAAGGUAAAAAUGAUGAACUCAUCUAAGACAUAUCCGAAAAGCGAAGGGAUACUUGAAAAUAAUUGUAUAUACAUGAAAGAUUAUAUAUUUUUUAAAAAAGAAGAUAAUAAAAAUAACACACAUGGAGAAUAUACUACGAAAAAGGAAAAUUGGGAGAAGCAUAAAAAUAUGCACAAAUUUUUCAACGUAAAAAGUGAAGAUCUGAAAGGGAAUUGUAAUAUUCGCUUUGACAGAAUAAUAAAAAGUGAAAUUGAUAAUGAGAUAAUUACAACAUACAAGAGUUAUGAACAGGAGGAGUUCACACACAUACCAUCAAAUGAAUAUAAUUCUGAGAAGGAGUUUACUGAACAGUGUAACGUAAAUAAUUUAUGCACGAGUACUAAUUUUUCACCUCUAAUAGGUGCCGUAAGUGUGAAUAUAAAUGAUCAUACAAGUGAAAGGGCGAGAGAAGUGGUGUCCAAAAAUGUGUCUAUCCCAAUCCGUUCAAAAAAAAUGGAGAAAUUGGGGGAAAUGUCGAUCCAAAAUUUACAGAGUGGAGGAAUCCUAAAAUCACCUGAACAAGUCACACAGCUAGAGUGUCAAACUGGGAACAUGGAUAGAGGAGUAAAGAAAUUAAUGAAAGAUAACUCGGAAGAGCAUACUAUAACAGAACGACACACAGAAAAUUUACCAGCACCAAGUUUUUCUUCACCAAAUUUAUUGAAUAGUGUAAAUGAUUCAGUAAAUCAUAAAGGGUUUAUUUAUUUGUCUAACGAUGUUACGCUAAUGAACGGAUUAGAAACAAAAAUCGAGAAAAUAUCUCUUGAUAAGUUGAGGGCACAAAAAAUGGAAGGAAAAUAUAAAGGGUUUAGUGAAAAUGAUUGGAAAAGAAAUCGGAAUGAAGAAAAGGAAACUGCUGAUAAGGAUGAAUAUGUGCAAAGGAUUACGCAUUUGUCAUAUGACGAAUAUGAACAUUUUUCGCAGGUGAAACAUGAAGAGGAAACGAGAUCAAGCAUUAUUGCACCAUCAAGUGUGCACCUAUCAAAUGAGAACCCAUCAAAUGAGAACCCAUCAAAUGAGAACCCAUCAAAUGAGAACCCAUCAAUUGAGAUCCCAUCAAAUGAUAACCCAUCAAUUGAGAUCCCAUCAAAUGAUAACCCAUCAAUUGAGAUCCCAUCAAAUGAGAACCCAUCAAAUGAGAUCCCAUCAAAUGAGAACCCAUCAAAUGAAUUGUCAAAGGAUAGCGGAAGCGAGAAAGACUUGGACAAGCACAAUCAUUCAUUAAUUAUAGAAAGGCAACUGCAUAAUUUCGAAUCAUCAAUUGAUGAAGAGACGGGAAGUUGGGGAAAACAAAAAACAAAAAACAGUGCACUUGAAAAUUGUAAAGGAAAAAUAGACAUAAUCAAUGAUGUGUGUGACAAGGAGCUGAAUGAGACCAUCGUUACAUAUAAGAGAGGUGAAUAUGAUUUCAUCUCAGAGAGUGUAUUAAACAAAGAUAUUAUGAACACUACUGAUAACAGAUUGUUUGGUGGAAUUUUUAGCACGCAUGCAAGUCCAAGCUACACAAAUGAUACAAAUGCUUUAUCUAUGAGUACGAAUAAAACUCAUUUUAUUGAAUACAAAGGGGAAAAACUGAUAGAUGGAGAUUUGUCGAAAGAAAUAAAAUACCCUAUGAAUAUUAUGCAAACAUGUAACAAUACCCCUACGAACAUGUAUAAUAAUAACCACGAAGAAAUUCUAAAACAUAGAAAUGAUGACUAUAGUUUAUUUACAAACGAAAUAAAUAGUGCCAUCUUAGAUUUACGCAAAGAUGACAUCAAUUCAUGCUAUCCAAACUGCAAACACUCCGGUUAUUGUAAUUCUGCUAAUUGUAAAAAAAAAAAAAAAAGAACUGGUAUUCCAUUAAAUGAGAGAAAGUACUACCGAGUUCUAGCGAAACAGAUGAUUAAAAUACAGGGAUUAACGUUUGAUCAUAACCAAAUUAGGUGGAUUGCUUACUGGAAGAAUGAAAACAACAAACAAAUUCAGAAGCACUUCCCCGUGUGCAAAUACGGGUUCUAUAAGGCGCGUCAGCUAGCUCUCGAGUUUAGAAACUCCAAAAUUGGGAACAAGGGGGGAGAAAAUAGCUCGACAGGGACAGCCACUGCGGGAAUCUGCAGUCUGGGAGUUGGCAAUCUCGCAGUUAAUAUAAACGAGGUCAGCAGAAAUGGAAUCAGCAAAAACGGGGUCAACAAUAACGGGAUCAGCAAAAACGGGAUCAACAACGUCGAAAUGAACAUCAUCAAAAUGGACAACCUCGAAUUGAGCAACCUUGGAAUCGAAAAUCACCGAAGCGGUGGCAAGAGGAACCAGAAAAAUGGUAGCACAUCUAUGCGCAAUUUGGAACCCAUUCAAAAUGACACCCAAGGGACACAAACAUGCAACAAAAAAGAAAGCAAAAAAUGUGGAAAGAUGGUAAAUAAGAACGCGAAUAAGAGGAGUCGCAUUUGCAGCAGAAGUAGUAGAAGUACAGGUGUGAGGGUAGAAGAUGGAGGAAGGAAGAUAGAUCCAAAUAACACCGAGAAGAUAAUAAAACAGGAAAAUGAAGUUCAAAGUGUCGACGUAAAAUCAGGUAUAACAUUGAUAGAUGAUAAAAGAAUUAACAGAAGCAAUUUCAAUUUUUAUGGGGAAAAUAACCAGAAUGGAAUACUAAUGGUAGAUGGAAACGUUAAAAAUGUACAAAGUGUAGUAAAUAGUAUGGUAAAUGUGGAUGUGGUAAGACAUGAUAUGACAAAUAUACACAAUGUCCCUUCUUUUGAAAGAGGAGACAAUUUUAAUGAAUUUAAAAAUAUGAGAAAUUCAAGAAUCUCAAAACAAUUGUCUACAGGUGUGAAUAACCAGAUUCUAGACAAUAACACACACGUCUCAUUUAAGUUGAUUCCUGGUGAGGAAUCCCUUGUAGGUAGGAGUGUUGCGAACGAAGAAUUACACAUAAACAGUGGAAAUAGUGAGAAUCGCAUGUUUAAUAAUGACAUAUUUACCGGAGUGAAAUCCAUAAAUCGGAAUGUGAACCCGUUUCUUUACAAUCCAAGUAAUGUAUACGCGAUGAGAUCGUAUGACUCGAGGAAUUUGUACGAUGAUGCUGGAGCGUUAGAUGUGGGAACCUGUAUGAACACAUGGAGAAAUGAACAUGUGCAAGAAAAUAACUAUAAUUAUAGUUCGAGUAGAUUCAACCCGAUAAAAAACGAAUAUAAUAUGUCUGUUACAUAUAGAAGAAAUGGAAUAACAAAUAAUAUUUUGGAUGUGAACAAUUCGAUGAAUAGAAAUAUUGUAUCGAAUGAAAAAGUUAAAGAUUCCUAUAAAUGUUUGACACAAGAAAAUCAGUUUUAUGAUAUCUACUAUGGUAUAAAUGCUCAAGAAGUUACAGAUGCAUCGAUUUCGAAUAAAUGGAAAGGUGGUGGUCUUAUAAAAAAUUGCAAUUAUAUCAAAAAUUCCUUGUCAAAAGAUGUAAGUAUAAAAAAUGAUGGGAAAAUGGAAAAAAAUGUUUUUAGAAAUGGAAGAAAUGCUUUUAAUAUACUGGAUGAGACAUUAUAUUCCUCUGGUUUUAGAAAUUCACACACGAUUGAGCCAAUUCUUGAGAAGAAUGGUCAUUCUAAUUAUAUGAGAAAUGAUGCUACAUACCAUUGUAAUAUAAAUGAAAGAAGAACUCCAAAUAUUGAAGCGUAUUUAAAAGGUUCAAAUAGUGUUAAGGAUAAUAUAUGCAACAAUGAAUGCAAAGAAUCGAAUGGAGAGAAAUCUAAUCAUAAUAAUUUCUCUCAGAAUGGCAUAGAUAAUUCUCUACUGCAGAAGAAAAAUAAAAGAUAUGGUACUGCAAAUGGAAUAUAUUUUAGUGGUAUUGAUAAUCGGGUAUUCAUUAAGUCCCCUUGUUCUGUGCCAGAAAAUGGCAACAUAGCACGAGAGAAUAAAAAAAAUAAGAAAUUAAAUAUGCAAAAGAGUGAAAGAAACAAAAGGAAAUCUUGCAAUAUAACUAAAGCUUCCACGGCAACUCAUUUUUCUUCUCACAAUUUAGGUGGUCUAAUGAAAGUAAACAAAAAUGUACAUUAUGAUGAACAUGAUCAAAUAAAAAAGAAAAUCUCCAAUAAUGGAUACAUGUCUGAUGUAGAUGUUGGAUCAAAUAAUAUUAAUGAAGAAGUCAGAUACGAGAACAAUAAUUGUAGGGGGAAUUUUGAGAGGACUUAUGGAAGGUGCAGAAAUUCGGAUGAAAAGUUAAAAAGUAUUCAAUAUGUUGAGAUAGGAAAGAAGAAAAUAAACAAUGUAUAUAGUGAGAAUGAUGAAAAGGAAAAAAAAAAAAAAAAACGUUAUCCUGUAAAUAGGGUAAUUCCGGUACGCUUGCUAAACUCUUCUGAUAUGAAUAAUGAAAGAAAUUCCAGUUACAAAAAAAAAGGGAAAAAAAGUAAUGAAAUUAGACAAAUGUUCCAAAAGGUGAAUAAAAAUUAUAAUCGCAUAUAUAUUAACAAUAAUAUAGAUUCUGGAUUUUCUGAAAACGAUCGCGCUAGUCAGAAUUAUCAACCUUAUAGGGAUGAGACCUGUGAGGAGGUGGGGGCAACUCAUGCAUCGGGUUGUUCAAUAAUUUUUGAGCCCAGUUCAUGUGUAACCCCUGAACCAAGUUCGUGCAUACUUCUCCAAAUGAAUGGUUGUAAAAGUUCAGCCUUCGAAGGAAGAAAUCUCGUGGUCGCAAAAGAGGAGAUAAUAAACAAGAAGAAUGAAACAAAAAGUAAGAGAAAAAGAAGAGAGACAUCCGAAUUAGAUUCUGUACAUGUAAAGAACAAUCAGAGGCAAAACAGAUGCAAUAAAAUAAGUAACUUCAAAAGUGAAGGAAGCGAAGAAAAAGAUUCUGUAUCAAACAGGUUUAGUUCAAAAACACAUGUUAUUAGAGCAGUCCAGAAUAAGGCUAGGUUAAAUGGGGAAGAAAAAAAUCCAUUUGCAUAUGAAGAACAUCUUUGUAGAACUGAGAAAAAUAGCAACAUGCAAAACGGAUUCCGUAAUUUAAAUGAAGAAGCGUAUGUGCAAGGGAUGGAUUUUGUUCCUGUUAGUAUAAACAAGAGUGAUCAAGGAGAUGAAAAAAUGGCAAAAAAGAUAGUAAAAAAAGGUGGAGAGGUUGGUGAUGGAAAAGGUGGAGGUGACUGUGAAGAAGAAAUGUACACAUACAAAUUAAAAAAUUUUGAAAAAAGCAAUCCCAACGAUAAUGAUAUAUACUAUUACAACGAAAUAAUGAAAAUGCCAAAGAUGAAAGGUGUCCAUUUUGACAUAAGACAAAAAAGAUGGUGUGCUUAUGGAUAUAAAAAGAAGGAAUGCUUUUCAGUGUACCGUUAUGGGUUCUUAAUUGCAAGAGAGUUGGCUGUGAGAAGCCGAUUAAAAGUUCAGAAAAGGAAAAACAAUUUGAAAUUGAAAAAAGCUAAAAAUGACAUAAGUAAUAAUGAGCUAAACAAGAAAGAUAAAUCUUCAUUGAAGAAACAACAAAAUAUGGGGAAAAAAAAAACACGCAAGAUUGAUAAGUCAGAUGUUACACAUUUGUUUUAUAAUAGUGCACAUAUGAAUAACAAUACGUCAUAUCAUAAUAAUUAUGCAAGUCCUCCUGAUGCCACUGCUUCAGUAGAAUACAACACGUCUACCCCUCAGUUUGAUUAUCAAAAGGUUGUUCCUCUCGGAGUUAUUUCCAAAGAAGGUGAAAUGAACAUAUGCAGAAAUGGCAGAAAAAAUGAGCAUAUUAGUGAAAAGAAUAAAAUUUAUAAUGGGUGUGAUAUGAAUGGACAUUUUUAUCAAAAUGGAAUGGUGCGUUCCAACGAGGGUGAAUCAUCCAAGUGUUUCAAUUUCGGUAGUAAUCAAAAUUUUUUCUAUAGUACAAACAAUGCAUAUGCACCUAACAAUUGCACCGAGUAUUGUGAUGGUCACGAUGGUUGUGCUUAUUGUAUUUAUAUGAAGACUUUAAAUGGUGUUGCGGAUUUUACUAAUAGAAAUUAUUCCACAGGCGUGAGCACAGCUGGGGGGGGUAGCAACACAUCAGGAGUUCACGACACAGCAUGGGUUCGAAGCACAUCAGGAGUUAAUGACACAGCAUGGGUUCGAAGCACGAAUGAGGAUCCAGGGACACACAAUCUUAGCCGACUUGACAACAUAAUGACGCAUCAUUUUGGAAAAGACAAAAAUUUGACUUACCCAUGUAACGUGAAUGAAAUAUGUGAUAUGAACAGAGUUAAAGAAUCAUUUGCUUUUAAUAGUGAAAAUGAUCAAGCUUGCAUGAAUAGUCAGGUAAAAUGCGACAAUAGUUAUAGUACAUAUAAUUUAAAUGGAGGGAUGAAUUUGAUGAUAAACCCGAAUGCAGAAAGAGGAACAAAGAAUUUUACUAACAUAUACGAUGCAGAAAAAGAUAUUUUAAGAGUACCCAAUAAUGAAUACUAUUCAUAUAAUCAAGAUGUAAGUUGCUAUAGCUCUACAAAGGUAGAUGUAUGCAUGAAAAGAACUGGCUAUAUUCCCACGUGUUCUGAUCCAAUAUGGGUAAAUAAAGACAUAAAGAGAAAUGUCACAAAUAACGAAAUAUCUAACAGGUUUAACAGAAUGGAUCUAAUGAAUGAAGGGAUUCUUUUCGAUACCACUGAAAAUUGUGUAAAUGUGAAGAAGAAUCGUGAAGAAGCGUUUUCAAUCGGAAUAGACAUGAUUGCUCAUAACAGUAUUAACAAGACAUGGGUCUCAGAGACUCCUCAGAACAAUAUGUAUAACAGACCCCAUAUAAACAAUAUUACAAAUGUGAAUCGAGAAUUUGUAUGCAGUAAUGUAGAAGUCGAAAAUUUAGAAUCUGUGGUGAGAAAUAAGCCAAAUGUGAUGAAAAGCCAAAAUGAUGUUAUUCCAAAUGGAUAUUGCAAUUAUAUUCGAAACUUCGAAAAGGAUAUUCAAAAUGUGGGUGAUGAAAGUACUGCAACUGCAAAUACAACUUCAACUCCAACUCCAACUAUGAAUGGGAUUACAUACAUGAGUAUUCCCAAUCCUAUUAACAACACAGGAGAUUCCUUUUUUGAAACCAAUGGAAGAAGUACUAGUAGUGAUGUUAUCAUUAGGGGGGAUGAGGAUUUAUCAUUGUUGUGUGGGAAAAGUGCAUCUGGAAGUAGCAUAAAAGAUUUAAAAGUUAAGAAACUGAUGAGAAGUCAUUCUCUUGGACUUAGUUCGCGUCCUGAAUACAUAAUUUCUCAAGACAAGAUCCAAAAACAUAAGCACUCACAUUCCUUUGACAUGAGCAAUUCACAAGGUUCAUUCAUUAAUUCAUGGAAUAUGCUUUGUGGAGUAAAUUCUCAGAACAUGAAUCUAUCAAAAAAUAAUGUUCAAAAUAGUGCAUGUAGUAUAAGAUCCAAUUUGGACACAAGCCAAUGGGAGGUUAAAAAAGAAGCAGGAGUACAAAAUGUUAUUGGAAAUAUAAUCAACGCGGAUGAAAUGAAUUUUAUGCAAAAUGAUAUAUAUGAGAAGAAACUGAAGGAUUAUCCCAUCAUGGAAAAUAUACACUCAUUGAGUGUUAACAAGAUAAUGGGUGAUGAGUCGAAAGACAGAUGUAUAUGGAAUGAUUACGUGGAAGAAAGCACGGCUGAUUUGGUGAUGAAAGGGGAGAAGAUAAGCACAGAGAUAGGAGGGGUAAAAGAGAUCCAAUUAAAGACAACUAGAGGAAAUAAUUAUUCCGACAGUUUUGAGUAUGUUCAUGUAGAUGUUAAGAACGAUAAUAGAAAAGCCACUACUACGGCCACUAAUAAUGACAAUAAUAAUGAAAAUAAUAAUGAAAAUAUUAAUGACAAUUAUAAGGACAGUAAUAAGGACAGUAAUAAGGACAGUAAUAAGGACAGUAAUAAGGACAGUAAUAAGGACAGUAAUAAGGACAGUAAUAAGGACAGUAAUAAGGACAGUAAUGAUGACAGUGAUGAUGACAAUAAUAUAAAAAAUAAUCAUUUUGAGAAAAAUAAAGAAAAGAGCAUAUUUACACACAGCGAGAAUUGCAGUAAUGUAUUUUUAAAUUCGUUUGAUGAGAAUGAAAAAAAGGAAAGAGAAAAUUUUUUGAAUGAAGAUGAGAAGAAUUUUUUACAUCAAAUUUAUAAGGACAAUAGAAAUAUUGGCAAUAUGAAUGUAGACAUAAAAAAUAACAGAAUUGGAAAUGAUAUCUUGAAAAAUAAAAAUUUUAAUUUCGAGGAAAUUAAUAUGUUUCAUAGAGAUGUUAAGAAUAUGAAUACAUCAGUUGUGAAUGAGCAUAUUCCAAAUGAUGAUUCUAUUAUUCCAGCCUUGGGGAUUAAGAAAGGUAGAGAUGUAAAAGAUUCUAUCACAAAAUGGGUUCUUUCGAACAAGCAGGGAGUACAUCAUGACAAUGCAGAUGUAGAAAAUACCAACGGAGAGGUAGAAAACAAAAUAGGAAGAAAUAUGAGGAAACCAAAAAAAAAGAAAAAAAAGAAGGUAAAUAGUACACCAUUAAUUACGAAUACUAAUCUGGAAUUACUAGAUGUAGAACUUAUACUUUUGGAUGGAAAGACGAAUUUCACUGAUAAAAGACAAAAAAAAGGGAACAAAAAGGAAUUCACAUAUUUUAGAGCCCUCAGUGAGCCAUGUGAAACAAUUCAGGACGAGAACCAAAGAUACAUCUCACAAAGAAACAAUUGGAAUGCUGAUGAAAAUGGAAUUAAUAUGUUACAAAAUACGCAUAGAAAUGGCAAGUGUACAUUUUCAUUUGGAUCUGAUGUCUUCAAGCAUUCUGAGAAUAGAGAUGAUGUACAUGGCACGGUAAACUCCAUUGUAGGCACUUAUAAAUAUCAGAUAGAAGAAAAUCCAGAAUUCAGAUAUCCCAAGGAUUGUGAAGGGGUCAAGUUAGCACCAUUAUGUGGGAAUUUUUCUGAAAGGGAAAGUGGUGUUACGAUCCCGUAUUAUGGAAAUGGGAGAGGACUCACUGAAGUGGUAGAUGCAAACAACAUGGCAGAUGCAAAUAACAUAUCCAUUGUAAAUUUAGCUAGUAAUGAAGGUGAAACACCUGGACAAGUUCCUGUUCAAGUGAACACGCAGAAGAGACAUAAUUUCCCCAUUUUGCAAAAAAAAAAGAAUGAAUUAAACAUGAGAAAUAAUGAUCUCUAUGAUCGAGUGACGAUAGGAACGCAGAAGGGGAAAGGUCAUGGAAAUGCUAAUUUAUGUGAGAAUCAGAAAUGGAAUUCGUCUAUAUGCAUAAAAGGGAAUAACAGUACUAGUAGAGACUUGUUCUAUGAUGAUUAUCCAAGAAGAAUAAUAAAUAGGAGUUUCCACUAUUAUAACAGACCCAUGAUGAUUUGCAAUUCCAAGGGGUUAAAUACUGAAAGUAGUGUAAAACACGAAACAGUUCUGUAUCAUCAAAUGCAUCCAAUGAAAGGGGAUCCGAAAGUGAGAAUACUUGAAAACCAAUAUAGAAAAGAAGAAAAUGAAUAUUUUAAAGAAACAAUGAUUGAAGGAACUUUAAAAAAAAAUAUUGGAAUUAUUCCUUCGACAGAUGAACUCACUAUUUCAGCCAAAAAAGGUAAUGAAGAGGAAAUACAUAGUAAGGGAAAAUUAAAGAAUAAUUUACGUAAUAGUAAUAAGGUAAUUAAUAAUUCCAUUAUUCCCAGGGUAGUAUCGAAUUGUGAUUCUAAUAAAGACAUGGUCCAGCAGAGAGGUUCUGCAUCUCCUCAAGAGAUGAGUAUAAAUUAUGUCUACCAAUCUCCUGAUGAGGAGAUGGCUAGGUGGGAUAAGGAAAGCUACAGUCCCAUGGAUAAUGAUGACGAUGAAAGAAUGAUGUUAGCAACGGAUGUCUUUUUGAAUCCAACGUACUUCAAUGAGUGUGAUGAUAUGCCAACUAUGAACGGCGUUACAGUCGAAUGGCAGAGUGAGCAAAAUGCUCCAAAAAAAAAAAAGACCCUCAUUCGUAGAAGAGAUAAUAAAAAAGAUGCUAUUUUGAAAAAUGUGCACAUAUUGAAAGAAUAUGGUGAUAAAUUUAGACAUAUAAUGGAAGAAGAUGAGGGAAAGUUAUUUGUAGGUAAUUCAAGCGGUACGCGACUUGGAAAUGAUGAAUUGGUCAAUAGAUAUUGCUUAACUAUUUUUGGAGACAUUAAAACUCAUGGACUUGCUCCCAUGCUGUGUAGCAUAACAAAUGAAGAGGUGCUUUUCGCGGAUCCCCAUUUGGAAUACUCCUGUUUGACUCUGCACGACUUAAAUAUGAACAGAUCAAAGGAUGUCAAUAAGACUGUACAUUUCAAAAAGCUGAUUUUUAAGUAUCUAAUCAUGGAUUUAUUUGAUAAUAUAAGGCUUCCGGAAUUUUCAAGAAUAUCAAGUAGUAGAAAUAUGGGGUUAGUACAAUAUCCAUAUGAAUGCAUUACGAGCCAUAUGCUUACAAAAAGAAUAAGUAAUAAUAUAGAUUUGAUAAAAAGAGUUAAGAAAUACCAUUUAAAUUUUAUAAAUAAAACUUAUGAUAUGAAAUUUAUUCAACUAUACUGGGAUAUUUUUGUGACGUGUUUGUUGAAAAAUAUUACAUCCAGUAAAUUAUCAUACGAAGAGCAUGUCAUGGUCAUACGGUCCCUCUUGCUGCUUUACCUAGAUAAUAAUGCACGAUUGGAAUGUUCGUCAUAUAUAUGA